UCGCUCGGCGAGACAAACAAAAAGAAAAAAAAAAGUCUAGUCGGCUGCUGUUCCCCGCGUGUCGUUUGUUUACUACUGGGCAGGUAUCGGGGGAUGAAACAGCCAGAGAAGAAAGAAAACAUUAACCUGGAAGGGAUAAAUAAAGAGUACAACUUGACAGUUGGAUAGUCCGCGUGAACGUGGGCCCUCUGAUUGCACAUUGGAUCUUGUCCUAUUCAUACUAUCCAGGGUGAGCAACGAUGUGUCCUUCUCUAUUUCGCCCCACGUAAAGCCGGAGGAUAUUGCUAGUACUGCUCGUCGCGCAUUGUGCCUGAGGACAUUUCUUGUUUUGUUUGUAGUUGUUGUAUAUUUGGAGGAAUACUUACAUCAUUGUGCCGGUGUUUAGUUCUGACAUUCGUCAAAUGAGGAGCUAACCAGAAGAGGACCAGUACCAGGUCAAGACUAUAGCCGCUAGAAUGACCAUGUCCAAGUCAGAAGAUGACGAUGGUCGAGACAAGUACGAACCCAUCAAGCGACUCGCGAUGGUUCAAAUCCAACCCCCAAGAAACCCGUGCAAACCUUUCACUUCAUUCUGUAUAAAGGACAUACUAGGGUCCGCUGAUAAAGACCCCUUGCCGGACAAACUGGUCAGUGCCGAUGACCGUUAUAAACAUCAACACCAGGUGAACAACAGCUGCCACAACGGGAUCGGUGGACUCCAGGCAAAGUGUAAGUCGUCUUUGUCGAGAGGCUCGGACAACGGAAGCGUUUAUAAUAGCGGUCAUCGGCAUUUGAGCCACAAUGUCCGAGCGAAACACGGCUACGGCGGAAGAGACGAUACAUCAGAACUUUUGAACCGCUGUAAGUCCGAUUACAGUAGAGAGACUUUCCGGGCAGCCCUGACCAUCAGCCCAGUCAUGAAGUCCCCCACCAACGGACGCAGCAAAGCGUUGCUGCCUGGACUCACUUCCCCUUUGCACCAUUUCUCACACAGAGGCUUGCUUCAGUUGAGCCCUCAGACAAAACCUCUGAAUCUCAGGACGAAAAUCGUUCGACCGUGGGACACCAAGGACUCAGAAGAGGAUGCUCCUUGCUCGAGAGAGACUUCCACACCUACCACAGGGGCGUUGCUUACCCCGAACAACGGAGCCAUACUGACCGCCAGCGAGGCGUCCUCCGAGGAUGAGGACGAAGAAAUAAGUGUGGAUGACGAUGAUCCACCCCCGCCACCCACCAAUGUUGCCCCCACCAAGAAAAACAAUUCAGUGUCUCCUCUGGACGCACUGAUGGCUAUGACAAGUAAAACAUUUGAGGGUCUUGAAGGAUCUGGAACAUCCGAUGCUAAACGAAGAGAUCAAGCGACACUUUUUGGUAAGCACCAGCCUCCGAAGAAGCGAAGAAAGUCCAGGACGGCCUUCACCAAUCAACAGAUUUACGAACUUGAGAAACGUUUCUUGUACCAGAAGUACCUGACCCCAGCUGACAGGGACGAGAUAGCCGCGAGCCUCGGCUUGACCAACGCUCAGGUGAUCACGUGGUUUCAAAACCGUCGUGCCAAGCUGAAGAGAGAUUUGGAAGAACUGAAAAACGAUGUGACGGCUGCCAAAAAGCUUCCCCUCAGCAAGACGAUGACGGGCUCCAUCGCUGAGAUUGAGCUGAGAAAAGUCCAAGAGAAGACGCUGAGAGACAGCUUCAACAACGGAGGCCUCCAGUCGCCGUCUUCCUCCAUGGCAAGCUUGAGCGACGAUUGCCAGGAUGUCACGCCCGGCCACAGUCCGGGUAAUACCAGCGAGCUGAACGACGAUCUGAUAGUGUCCAGGAUGAAAUCCGACGAGCCUAUGGACACACGCUGCUGUGAUGAGACCGACGAAGAAAUUGACAAUGAUCUCAGUGAGGACGAGCGACCUAACUCCUGCGAUGUCAAGCCGUCAAAGAAAUCUUUCUGUCAUGCUCUUGAUGACGACAAACUGGACAUUCAGAAAAAAUUUGACCUUAUCCUUCAAAACAAUUUGAGAAGUGGUUCUAUGAUACGGGACAAGGUCCAGGACAUUGACUCAGUGUCAUGAUCAUUUCAACGUAAAUCAUUUUCUUUUUUCUGAAACUAUAUUAACAUUAUUCGUACACAAUUUUUUUUUAAAUUUCUCCUUCAUCUGAAACAAAAUCUGGCCAUCCAUCACAGAGAUGUUUGUCUUACCAUCGCGCUUGCGAUGUUGUUGAUAGUGACAAUAUUCAAUCGAUUAGGGAUAAUCCCUCCAGGUGUAUACAGGGCUAAUCCCCCCAGGUGCAUACUGUUAGUAAUUCUUCAAUAAUCCAACUGGAUGUGUGCUUUUUAAAUUAAAUUGAAUUAUCCAAUCUUGUUUAUUUAUCUCAUUGGCUCGAUCCUAAGUUUUUGUUGCUGAAGGGACUGUCAAAGACUUUUUGAGGUUCUAGCAUGUGAUUUCAAUACAUUUAUAAAUCUUAUUUGUUUCGAUAUAUGAACUGACGUCAACGCUUCUAUACGUUAAACACAGUGUUUCAAUGUUAUUUAUUUCUAGUACUCUCACAUGGUGACUUCUCUCUAAUUAAAGAGUGGUAGUCUUGUCUCAAACACGCACAUUCUAAUGGUACAUUUUUUUCUUUUUCUCUGUUUUUCUUUUUCCCUUCUGCUAUUGGACACUUUGAAAUAAAGCUAAGGCAAUUUAUUGUUGAAUAUGAUGCGACAAUAGUUGACUGUUAAAUAGUCUAGAUUUAUGUGUCUAGAUUUAUGUGUCAACCUGUAAGGACCAGGACCUUUGAUCAGGAGGUCUACAUGCGUAAGUGUACUUUCUUCUUGUACUAGAAAAAUUUCAAAAAGUGAUUAGGACGUAACUAGCAGUUCUAGAAUAGUGGUUCUCAAAAUGUUUAGAUUACAUUGAAUUGGUAAAUUUGGCUUGAUUUCUCAGAGAAUGUCUUUUAUGUACUUUGCCAAUUAUUCUUUAAAACUAUUAAGUCUACAAAAUGGCCCGAUCGCUGUAAGACAGAAUUUGCCUUAAAAUAAUACGACAUGACACAGUCAAUUGUUGAAUGGUGGCAACAUAUGGCGGAUAUAUUCAGGCAUUCAAUUGUUUUUUUUUUACUUCUUUAUAGUUUACUUUCACCUUUUUUUUCUUCUAAUGGACAAAACUCUUUGUCUUUCUUUGUUUCUUUCUUUGUUUCUUUCUCGCUCUCUUUCUAUGUAUCUUUGUUUAUUUCUGGAUUUCUAUUUAAAACUCUUUUUAUUUUUGUUCGCUCACUAAGUCUUUUCGCUUCUCUUUUUUUUUUGUCUUUCUCUCGCAUUGGUGUAGCUAGGGUGGGGGGAGGAGUUGGGAAUUUGAAAAUGAGUGGGUUUUUUUACAUACAAAAUUAAAUAUUACACAAAAUGCAGGGGCCCCAAAGAGGUCAACCCCCCCCCCCCCAUGGGCCCACAAACGAUGCAAAAUUCCUAGCUACGGCCCUGCUCAUUCUUUAUCUUUCUUCUACACUGUUUCUAAUUUUCUUUCUUGGACAAAUGUUAACUAUUUAAUGUUACAAAAAAAUCUUACAAAACUUAAAACUGAUCACAAAGUCUUUGUAGUUCCCAUUGACUGUGUGUGUAUAAUGUGCCAAUGUCGUAUUUACUAAUGAGAUGUCAGUCUAAUGAUAUUCAAAUGUAGUGACGUGUACAGUUAGGUGUACAACUUUGUACACAUUUGUUUUGUCAGUUUUUACAUUUUUAUUAUUUGUUAACUCUUUGCCAACUAUUACAACAGUUUAUUAGGGGUAUGAGCUUGUGAGUGGACGAUCUUAGUAGAUUGUAGACAGAAUGAAUUCAUUAAAGUCUAACCUUCAUUUCAA